AUGGUCAAAGACGGAAGACUUUCGCUCCGACUUGGCCUCCUGACCUCCCCAAACCGCUGGCGGUGGGCUGGCGGGGUGACGCGUGCCGGCACACUGGCAGACGAGGCAGGCUCAAGUGCACAAAAGUGCACAGUCCUGUCCGCAAGAUCUGUGGCGCCACCCAUGGGGAGCGUAGCGAGUACCAGGAGUUCCACGAGUGCUACUGUGAACUUCUCAAGAGUCGUUCCAGAGGCGGAAAAGUCGCCCGUGUCUGUCAAUACUUGGCUGGAAGAGUCCCAGGAAUUGCCAUCCGAAAAGAAUUCCGUGAUGUCCGAAGAUGAAGUCUCAACGAGUCCGGUACAUGGCCGCCGCUGCCGAUCAGCCCCGGUUCACAUGCGAAUCCACAAGGUGCAGGGCUUGAAGGUGCCCUUCCAGAUCACCAAGGAGGAACAAUGGGCAGUGGAAGAGGACCCCAUGUCACCAGUGCAGAGCAUGGAGCAUCGCUCGCACGCGAAGAAGGGUUUGGCACACUGUGCCACGUCUUAUGCCCGGAUGCAAAAGAAAAGGGUGACCGGCUUGCUGGGGUGA